AUGGCUGGUUUUGCCACCUUUUUGCAACAAUGGGGCCUUCUCUUGAACCUAGAGAACUGGGAUGCUUCCCCUUCCAUAGUAUUUCUGAUGGCCCUUGCGACAUUUCUCAUGUUUUCGACCCUGCGCAUGGUCUAUGUAGACCGCCUCCAUAAAAAUUCAGCAAGAGCUAUUGGUGCCCGUAUCAUGAAGCGAGUUAAAGGCAAAUGGCCUGGAAAUGCCGAUAUCUUUGCAGCAAUGGUCGGUCCCUGGGCAAACGGCUACCCUAGUGAUGGUCUAGGAGAAAUGACAGACAUGCAUGGACCUGACUUUAACCCUGACUGGAGAUAAUCCAUUAAUUUCAUCGAAGGUUUGAACCAGCUUGUCUACCCACAGACAGUAUAUAACACCCGGGAAUGUGUACGGAGAGUCAAAGAAUAAAAGUUGGUCCAAGAGAAUGAACGCAGAUGCUCUCUGGCUGGGAGUCGAACCCAGCUUUCACGCGAACGUCUUCUGUGCUAAACACAAUGACAGGCGCGUGUACUAACCGAUAUA